AUGAUCCUGAGUUUAGUCUUCUUCUCCCAAACAGGAAUUGGACUUCUAGGGAAUUCCUUUCUUAUUAUUCUCUUCAUCUUCCUGUUUCUCAGUGGACAUAGACUUAGACCCAUAGACCCUAUUUUCACUCAGCUUGCCUUAGGCAACUGUGUGGCACUACUUUCAAAGGGCAUCCCACAGACAAUGGUGACCUUGGGAAUAAAGAAUUUCCUGGAUAUCACUGGCUGUAAAAUCACUCUCUAUCUUCAUAGAGUGGCUCGAGGACUUUCCCUCACUCUGACCUGCUUCUUGAGUGGAUUUCAGGCCAUCACCAUCAGCCCAAACAAUUCAAGUUCAGUAGCUCUUAAAGUCAGAGCACAAAAGUAUAUCAUUCCUUUGAGUCUCCUUUGUUGGUCUUUCCAUGUGUUCCUCAACAUCUUUAUUCCUUUAGGAAUGAUUGAUCCAAAGCGCAGCAGCAACAUCACAAAGAUUCAGCAUUAUGGAUAUUGUUCUCAUUUACUUCCUUCUGGAUUCCGGGCUUCCUUGUAUGCAUUUAUUCUCUCCUUUCCUGAUGCUGUAUGUGUGGGACUCAUGCUCCUUGCCAAUGGCUACAUGGUGUUUCUUCUGUACAAGCACCACAAGCAAGUUGAGCAAAUUCACAUUUCUUCUGUCUCUACCCAAGGCUCCCCUGAGACCAAGGCCACCCGAACCAUAUUCCUGCUGGUGAGCACCUUCGUCUCCUCUUAUUCCAUCAAUUGCCUCUUGACUGCAUAUAUGGCUUUUAUGGAGUCCCUGCCCUGGUUGGUACAUACCUCUACAUUCCUGUCUUUAUUUUUCCCAGCUAUUAGCCCUUAUGUGUUGGUUAGCAGUGAUUCCCAUGUUCCCAAAUACUGUUAUGCUCUCUGUGGGAGGAAACCCUCCCCAUCUGCACGGUAA